CACGGAAAGGUUGGUGCUUGUUUUGAGUUGUGGCUUUCACGUCACGCUUGAUUAUUAACACUUAUUUUGGGGAGUGUCCUCAUCGCCGAGAUCCAGCACCCAUUUGUGUGUAAGAAAGUCAAUUCUGUUUUGGUGGCCUGCUGUGUGUACGUGUGUGUAUACUCAUAAUACUGUCGACUGUUCUGUUUGGUGGCGAUAAAUACUGACAUCUUUGGCUUGACCACCGAGUGACAGAGUGACACACUGUUGUUGACAGAGAUUGUGUGACACGCUGAAGAAGGAGUGUCAGUUGGUUUGAUACCGUCGUUUUAAUGUGGCAGUGUCUCCAGAUUGAAUCAUGGUGAAGAUAGUCCCCUUCAAAGGUCAGAAGUAUGAGGAUAUUGUCAAGAGAUGUACAGCAAGUGGCAAGCCAUGGGAAGAUCCUGAGUUUCCUGCAACUAAUGCUUCUCUCUUCAAUAAACGAAGCUCUCCAGGAACUAUUGAAUGGAAGAGACCAACAGAGUUGAAUGAUAAACCUCAUCUUGUGGUAGAAGGCCCAAGUACAGGAGAUGUUAGUCAAGGACAGCUUGGUAACUGCUGGUUUGUUGCAUCAUGUGCUAACCUUGCACAAGAAAAGGAACUAUGGGAAAGGGUAUUACCCGACAACAAGAGUCAAGACUGGGAUGAUGAGAACCCUAAGCAGCACAGUGGUGUAUUCCAUUUCCGCUUCUGGCGUUUCAAUCAAUGGCUUGAUGUAGUCAUCGAUGAUCGACUACCAACUCACAACAAUAAACUAGUCUAUGUUCAUUCCAAAGAGCGGAAUGAAUUCUGGAGUGCCUUACUUGAGAAAGCAUAUGCCAAGCUGAGUGGUUGUUAUGAGAAUCUGGAUGGAGGAAACACUGCAGAUGCAUUGGUUGAUUUCACUGGUGGAGUUGCUGAAUCCAUCUCUCUAGUUGAUGAAAAUUACCUCCAGGACUUUGAGAAGAAGAAAAAACUCCACAAAGACCUGAAGAAGUACAGUGAGAGAAAGUUUCUAAUGAGUGCAUCUAUUAAGGUGAAAUCAGCUGAGGAGAUGGAAGCAAAGACUGAUGUUGGAUUGGUCAAAGGGCAUGCAUAUGGAGUGACUGCUGUAAAGACUGUCAAGCUUGGUGCUGCUGGCAUGUUAGCAGUCUUUAAUAAGGAGAAGAUACAUCUUGUUAGAUUGCGCAAUCCAUGGGGUGAGAAGGAAUGGAAUGGUGCCUGGAGUGAUGGGUCCCCAGAAUGGAACAAAGUAAACGAAGGUCAGCGCAAAAAACUGGGAAUCACCUUUGAUGAUGAUGGAGAAUUCUGGAUGCCAUUUGAUGAUUUCUGUUCUAACUUCACAAACUUGGUGAUAUGUCGUACACCUAAUAAGAGCUAUCUCAGUCUGCAUCGUACAUGGCAUGAGACUGUGAUGAUUUCUGCAUGGAAAGUUGGUCAAGGCAGAGCUAAUAGGGCAGGAGGAUGUAUCAACAACAGAGAAACAUUCUUGCUUAACCCUCAGUUCAUGAUUUCAGUGGAUAGUGAUUCUGAUGACAUCCUUAUAUGCCUGACACAACCUGACAUGAGAGCUCAACAGAAAGACAAUAAGACCAUGGGCUUCAAUGUUAUGAAAGUGGAAGACAAUCGUAAGUACAGACUCCACACUCCAGGUCAAAAGGUCAUCUACUCCACCUUCAUCAAUUCACGUAGUGUGUUUGAGAAGUGUACACUCAAGCGAGGGCGGUAUGUGGUUUUAGCAACUACUUUUGAGCCAGGGGAGGAGAGCCCGUUAAUGAUGAGGGUGUUCUCUGAUGAAGGAGCCAAGUGCUGGGAGUUAGUUAAAGAAACACCGUCCCGAUCCUUCAUGAGUAAUGUACGUGGAUAUCCACAAGUUGUGUCCAAGAUUACUGUGCUGUCUGCAAGUGGACUGCAGAAACAAGAUCAUUUUGGUGGAGGUGCAGACCCGUAUGUGUACUUGAAAUGGGAUAAUCAGACCACACGCUCAGCAACCAUUGAUAAUACACUCAACCCAGAGUUUAACUUCAGUGCUCUAUUGUAUCGCAAGAAACCACAGAACCCCAUCAUAGUGGAGAUCUGGAAUGCUAACGUUGUGAAGGAUCAGUUCAUGGGUUCAGCAGUGUUUAUGGCUCCAGUAGACAACCAACCCAAGCAGUAUACAUCUCCAUUACAUGGCAGAGGUAGAAAUGCUGAUGAAUCUAGAUCAGGCUCUGUUACUGUGGUGGUCCAUACCACUAAUGACCUAGAGGCAUUCUAAGCUCAUCACAUGACCCAUAGACAAGGAUCUGUUAGUGUGGUGGUCCAUACCACUAAUGACCUUGAGGCAUUUCUAAGCUCAUCACAUGACCCACAGACAAGGAUCUGUUAGUGUAGUGGUCCAUACCACUAAUGACCUUGAGGCACUUCUAAGCUCAUCACAUGACCCCCAGACAAGGAUCUGUUAGUGUAGUGGUCCAUAUCACUAAUGACCUUGAGGCAUUUCUAAGCUCAUCACAUGACCCACAGACAAGGAUCUGUUACUGUGGUGGUCCAUACCACUAAUGACCUUGAGGCAUUUCCAAGCUCAUCACAUGACCCCCAGACAAGGAUCUGUUAGUGUGGUGGUCCAUACCACUAAUGACCUUGAGGCAUUUCUAAGCUCAUCACAUGACCCACAGACAAGGAUCUGUUACUUUGGUGGUCCAUACCACUAAUGACCUUGAGGCAUUUCUAAGCUCAUCACAUGACCCCCAGACAAGGAUCUGUUAGUGUGGUGGUCCAUACCACUAAUGACCUUGAGGCAUUUCUAAGCUCAUCACAUGACCCACAGACAAGGAUCUGUUACUGUGGUGGUCCAUACCACUAAUGACCUUGAGGCACUUCUAAGCUCAUCACAUGACCCCCAGACAAGGAUCUGUUAGUGUAGUGGUCCAUAUCACUAAUGACCUUGAGGCAUUUCUAAGCUCAUCACAUGGCCCCCAGACAAGGAUCUGUUAGUGUAGUGGUCCAUACCACUAAUGACCUAGAGGCACUUCUAAGCUCAUCACAUGACCCCCAGACAAGGAUCUGUUAGUGUAGUGGUCCAUACCACUAAUGACCUUGAGGCAUUUCUAAGCUCAUCACAUGACCCCCAGACAAGGAUCUGUUAGUGUGGUGGUCCAUACCACUAAUGACCUAGAGGCAUACAUUCACUUACUAAGCCUGUGCGACAAGUGUCAAAGUUUCAAACAUUGAUUGGUUAGUCUAGGUGUAACUACCAUUAUUCAACUACUUGGUUAAUCGUGCCACCAGGACUGCUACAAAAAAUAGUUGUGACUACCUGCUUGGUGAACAAUUUUGUUAGCUCAUGGCAACAUAAAUUACUUGCAAAACACAAUCAUACAUCAGUGACACAAUCGUUAAAUUUAGAUUAUUCUUUCAGCGUUAAUUUUACUAUAUCGCACCUACGAUAAACAAUGUGCUGCAAUGCAUCUUGGGAAUUAAAAAUUUGACGUGACAUAGUGUCAAAGUUGCAAGUGUUUUGAGGAGCAACUAGUCAAUUAGUAAACUUGACUAGUUGCCGAGGCUUACAUGUACCUACACUGUACUGCUAAUGGCCUAGAUCUAAGCUGAUCACACGACCUGAGCCUAGAGGCAUUCUAUGCUGGUAUUUAUCUUCUAUUCUACCGUAGACCUAGAGGAAUUUUAUGCAUGUUUGUUUUACUCGUACUACUGUUGAACCAUAGUUAACAAGAUGCCCAUUUUACCUUGAGUUAAUUAUAACAUGCUGCUUAGGAUAGGCAUUGUUUGUACAAUGUUGUGCAUUUUGUGGUUUAUAUGUUUUGAAUCAGAGUAUGAAGUAUAGACCAUUUACUAGAAUGGCAUUUUAAUUAAUGGAUGGAAUCCUUGAGUCAAGCGAAAAUCAAAGUCAGUGCCCAGUAAUUACUGGCUGUUAAUUCUCAUUUAGAGCUACAGAAUACAAGAUAUCAUUUGACUCUAUUUUAUAAUAUUAGUUAUCACACAAGCACGAGUGGAAGACUGAAUAAAUAGCGCUUCAUAUUCCACGGGGAGGCGUUUAUCUUCAAGCAAACUUGACAAUGAGCAAUAUGCGGUGUUUGAACAGCUGUACGUAGUUUGCGUAUAGCUUCAAAUAGUGCAAUAUGCAGAUUAAGAACAGCGCAAUAACAAGGGUGUGAUGUGGGUCAGGUAAUAUAUGUUUAUAUCACACCUCUUGUUAUGGGUCGACCAAUCAGAAUCGAUGAUUCAAGUUUGCUUGAAGGUACUGCGUGUUGUUGACAUGAUUUCUUGCAUUACUUUUACAUUAUAUCUGAAGAUGCAGUGGUAUAUUUCCAUUUGUAGAUUGAAUGAACUGUUGUGAAGGGAAGCAAUGAAUUGCUGAUUUAAAUGUAGUGUAUAGUUGAUAGAAUUUGAAUAUUCAUUGACUUUUAUCCCGUUUGACUAGCUACCUACACACUGUAGAAUUCAUAGCUUCACAUGCAGUUGGUGACAUGUGUUGGCUUUACUUGACUUUUUAAGAUGCAUUCUUGAUUAAUUGUUAACUUAAAAAUUUAAUACACCUUUCCGGAAAUAGUGUGGUUGAACAAAUUCCAGCCCAGUAGGAUUAAAGACAAAUCUUUAAAUUCUAGCCAGAGUGUAAUUAGAAACAUAAAGUUUUCCUUGGUGAUCAAAUGUGUUAAUUAUGGGUAACGAGUAUUUCAAUACAUUAUUUUUGUAUGUAGACUUACUUUAAUUAUGGGACACUUAAAUCAAAAUGCAGCAAGUACAUGUACUGUCACAAUUUAGUGGACCUCAUAUGUCUAAUUAUAAGAACAAAUUGGUAAUGCCGUUUUUUAUCCAUAAGUUUUUUAAUGACUUUCUUUGUUUUUUUUAACUAAACUGAAAUUAUGUAAGCAGUGUAAUUGUUAUUUAUAUAUUGUUUAAGUGUAAUACAACUACUGGUAACUGUGUGUUUUUAACUAUUUUUAUCGGUGGUAGUUUAAUUGAAUCAACUGUAUAGUUUUAAAUCUGAUUAUCAAAGUAGGUUCUAUGAUUAUGGUAGAUGCAUACAUUCAUAUUUCAUUACUUACUAACAAUAUUUUUCUUGGCUGACUGAUUUGUAUAGAGGUAUUUAGAUAGAAAGCUUUGCAACACGGUGUAUCCCAUGUAACCUUUCUUACACACAUAGGUUUUUAAAUACAUUUAAUUCCUCAAAAAUGCUUUUGCAGUUUUUAAUUUGUUGUUUAACCAUUUAACAGGUGGGGCCAAUAAUAUGCUGUUGUCAAUAUUCCAUUGUUUAUAAUGUACUCGAGGGUAGGGUCCACAUUCACUGCUCAUUCCAAUAUUAUUGUCAUUCUUGCUUUUGCAGUGGGAUGGGAAAUCAUUUUGUUCAAGUAGUGGAUGUGUUUUUAUUAUUUAUUUAUACUUCAUUCCUUACUUUGUUAUAAUUAAUACUUGUUAAUGUUUUUUUAACCACUUUUAAUCAUGAUAGCCUUGAUUUAAUAUGUUUAACAGUGAGUGAUAUUUUUAUGGUACCUGGACUUUUAAUGCAGAGAUGACACGGAAACAAUGGGUGUGUUCGUUUAGCUUCCCUGUUUCAACCUUGCGGUGCUCACUCAGGGAGACCCUGACAAGAGCUAGUCGAUCGAUCACUCGCCCUUUCGUGGUGACGUCAUGCACCUGGGGCAGCCCCCAAGUGACCCACUCCACGAGCAGGGCACUGGGGGCUGACCCUGGUGAGCCCCUGGAAUGACGUCAAAGCUAUUGGAUAAUUCGUGGUCAGACCAGGGUUGACCCAGGGGGAAGCUAAUUGAACGCGUGUUGAGAGAGUGAAGUUGAGCAACAUUGCUAGUUAGAUUCAUUCAUAAUGCAGUUGUGUAAUGAAUUACUGUUCCAGUUAUGGCUUAUUGAAUGUUUAAAGCAGCAAUGGAUUUAGGUAUAUGUAGUGUGUAUGAACAUGACACUGGGAACAAUAUGAGAAGUUGUUAUCUUCAGAUGUAGUAAGUAGUUGUAAUAGUUGAAAAAUCAUCAUCAUCGAAUCUAUUUAUAUGUCAAUUUUUUUAUUAUAAAAUGCACAUCGAAAAUUCACCAGUUAGUUAUAGUUCAGAAUGCAUUAAAGUAACACACUGAGUUUGUGCCCCUUCAUAUGAAGUAUGAACCAGCCCCCAAUCAAUGUGAACCAAUAACAUCAUCAAUGGCAUCGGGUACAAACUUUAUUAUACAUUCCAUAUUGUGUAACCAGUAAUUGCCAGUUAGUUCCUCCUUCAUUUAGGGUAUAGAAGUGGAUGAUGACAUGUUUUUUAUAUGAUGUAGAAUAGUUGAAGUAUAGAAUUUAGCUUUUUAACUGUAUUAUGGUUAGUUUUGUAUAUCAUGAUAGUAUAUUCCUUCAAAUACAAGUCUAAUAAAGAAAUGGGACAAAUGAGAA